UUAGCCAAACAAUGACCUUGCUCUCUCCAAAAGAAUCUCUUAUCUUCUUAUUCUUUCUUCCCACUUCAGCAUUUGUCGUUCCCUUUAUCCAGUCUACAGUCCACUUGUCGGUCGUUAACUAUUCAAAACUCUACCACCCCAUCUCUUCAUCUUCUUCAGUAAACUGGAUAUAUGUUUUUGUUUCAUUAAUUGAUCUCAUAAAAGUACCAUAAAUUCCUCUGAGAAGAAAAAAAAGUCCCAGAUUUUCUCUAGGCGUUUAAGGCCACUAGUGGUGCCUAAAAGUUCUUGAUUGUUGAAGAAGAUUGAGAGCUUUCUACAGGAUUGAAGAUGGCUUCUCUUCAAGGGCCCGUAGUUUGCCCCAUGAUCAAUGCGAAGCAAUCCGGAGUGUAUUCUGUCCCGAUUAGUUCACCUCUACUGAAAGCCAAAGUUAUUAGAAGUGGGUUUUGGGGGCUUGUAGGAAUCGGCAACGGUAGGACUAAUGUAAAUUAUCGACAAAAUUUGCAGAAAUGCAAGACUAUACGAUGUACUUUUAGUUCGUCGUGGAAUGGAAAUGAUAGUAGGGCCGGGAAUUCAAAUGAGAAUGAAUCUGAUUAUGUGAAUUCGAGCGUUGUUGAAGCUGUUGAAGUCAGAAGUGGCCCAGAUGGUUUCAUGAUCAAGAUGAGAGAUGGCCGGCAUUUGAGAUGUGCCCAUAAUAACCCCCAAGGGAGUCAUCGGUCAGAUUAUGCUCCGCACCCUGCAAUUGUAUUGAAGAUGGAAGACGGGACCGGGCUUCUUCUCCCCAUAAUUGUUUUGGAGAUGCCCAGUGUGCUGCUAAUGGCUGCUGUACGCAAUGUCCAAAUUGCUAGGCCUACCAUGUAUCAAGUGGCAAAGGAAAUGAUUGAGAAGAUGGGCUAUACAGUGAAACUUGUACGAGUUACCAAGAGAAUACAUGAGGCAUAUUUUGCAGAAUUACACCUUACAAAGCUGGAUAAUGAAGCAGAGUGUAUCAGAUUUGAUCUGCGACCGUCAGAUGCCAUUAACAUUGCAGUUAGAUGCAAGGUGCCAAUCCAAGUGAACAAAUACUUGGUGUAUAUGGACGGUAUGAAGGUUAUUGAACCUGAAAAAGUGCCAGUACAUAGCUCCUCAUCAGAUGGCUUAUUAUUUACUGAGUUGGACAGACCUAGUGCCCAGCUGUCCAUUGAAACAAAGGAGUUUAAUCUUGUGCGCAACAUGCUAAUAGCUGCAGUCGAGGAACGUUACAAGGAUGCAGCUCUGUGGAGGGACAAGCUCACUCAGCUUCGCUCAAAAAGGAACUGGACAUAGCAGGUCGUCUUGUUCUCUCUCUUUGGUACGACAAGCGGAUAACUUGUAUAUAGACUAUAUGUUUGGUAUGUGUGACUCGACAAAAUUGUACAAAAUUAACGAAGAAAAAUGUUAAAAUCUUGUGGCUGUCGCGUGCAUUUUAGCAUAUCGAAUAUGGCUAGAUAUCAUUCUCUGGCUUCUUUAGUAGUUAAUAGUGUCUGUUUCCUUUGUAUGUAUAGUGCUCGCCGAUAUGUGUAUAUAUAAAACAUAAUGUAAUGCUGAUUUGUUUAAACUUUCUGGUUUCUGUCCAUAAAUAGUUUUUAUUUUUUUUCCUC